GUUGUGGUGCGGAAUGAUGGGUGAAAACGACGACGAUAACAGCGAUCUCAGCGAACAAGGCAGAUUUUUGUGUAAAGGCGCCUUCCUGCUGACUCCAUCAUAUGACUUAAGCUUAGACAAGGCAGCCAGCAUUUGCGACAAACUCAACUUCCGAGGUAGCUUUAGCCUCACAAAAACGGCUACCGGAAUACUUUUCAAGUUCUCCGAACCAGAGGAUUUCCAGCAGAUCUUCCGGAAGGGGUUCCACAAGGUAUCGUUAGUCCAUGGUUUUUACCAUGUAACUGGAGGUAGACUGUAUCGCAAAGUAGCUAUACCCUGUAGACCUCCGAGGACGUUUUCUCUUCUGGUUCACGAGAUACCAUCCGAUCUUCCCGAGGAGGAUAUAAGAGCUAGUCUUUACAGAUACUGUUCAGUGGUGGAGGUAAGUCGCAUCCCGCAACACCUCCGCAACGACCAUUCUCCACCAGGCAGCCCCCCGCCAAUAAGAGUAACCAUGGCCUCAUUGGAUGAAUACAACUCUCUCCUACAGAACGGGCUAGACUUCUACGGCGCCACUUACUUUCCAACCGAACCACUUAAAAAAGAGCAGCUCAGAGGUAGUAGAGAGAAGCUGUUACCUGUCUUCGACUCCGCUGGCUUUACUAGAAUACCCCCACCACCUACUAGAACGCUCAAACCAGUUGCCUGAGCCUAGGCAGGCUUUGGACUUGAUAGGUGGAAGCUCUAUGGCUGACCAUACAUGAUAACAACUACAAACAUCAUUUGAAAAAGGUAGUUUCAUUGGAAAGCAUGUUUGAGUGAAAAUUCCUAGUUUUCCAAAAAUUGAAGUCUAUUCAAAAUAACUUUGCUUGAAAUGCGUUUCCAUAUUAAAUUUUCUUUUCACUUCUCACUGAGUGAAUUACUCAAAUAAAUAUGGCCAGCCAAUAGGACUAGACAUAUGAUCACUGAAUACAAAAAAUAACUUAUUGACUGUUGAUAGCUAAAUAUGCACAUGAAAAAAACGGUACAAACUGAAAAAUGAGAUACGAAUCUAGAAGGUGUUUUGUUAUGUUUAGUUUGCUUUUUCGAAUGCCAUGGGAGCAGAAGCACUAUAAAUAUUACUAAACUGUAUGAGUAUUUUGUACAAUACUUUUUCAAUGUAACACUGUUGAGAGAUGUGCACUUUAUUUGAUAUUGCAAUAAAUAAUGUAUCAAAA